AUGCCAAAGGCCACAUCCUCUCGCGCCGCCGCUGCUGGCCGCCGACACAACCCUCUCGCCGAGGACAUUCUGAGUACGGGCCACCUACGAACGCAUCCAAGCAAGAAGGAUAAACGCAAAUCAAAGGCGGAACAGGAGCAAGAGAAUGCAGAGCGCUUCGUUGACGCAAAGACGUCGCGCAAGAUUCUGCAGAUUGGACAAGAACUUGCCGAUGAAGAUGCCGCCGAACAAAACGCUGCGCGGGUGGUCGACGCGGGGCAGGGGAAUUCGGCAUUCGAUUUCGAGUCUCGAUUUGAGGAUGAAGAUAUCUACUCGGAUGACGAUGGAAAAUUCAACGAAGAACAAUGGGAUGAUGAGGAGGAGGUCGAGGAAGUGGAGGUUGAUCCGAACGAUCUCGACAUGUUCCACAAGUUUGUCCCCCGAGGCGAGGAGGAUCCGAUCUUUAACCCUCGUGGUACCGACACUGGUGGCCAGACUACAAACCUUGCGGAUCUCAUUCUGGAAAAGAUCGCAGAGCAUGAAGCGAAGCAGGCGGGACACACUGGGCCUAUGAUUCAAGGUGGAGGCCUGCCAGAAGAUGCUGUUCAAAUACCAGCAAAGGCUGUCGAAGUAUACGAGAAGUGA